ACACUGCGUCACUGCAAGGGCGUUAUGAUUAGUUUACUUCCCCUGUUUAAAAAAACUUGCGCACAUCUAACACAUUAGUUUGACAGCCCGACUGGAGAGUAUGUAACCCUGACAGACAAACGGCUUCAUGAUGGAGAGACAAGCAAGUAUCAUUACAGCUGCUGUGCUGCUGUUUGCUGUCAAAGCUCUCUGCUCUGUUGGUGCAAAGAAACAGGCCUGCGUACACAGUCAUGAGGAGGAAUGUUUUCUGCUGAACGUGAAUGAAACCGAUUCCGUCAGUAUUAAGCUGUCUUUGGGUAAGAAACUCAACAUCUUCCUGGUGGGCCUCCCUCAUAAUCCUGUCUGCUAUCGGAAUGGAGAGAAAGUGCAACUAAUGGAGCGCGACAAAAGGCCCUUUAUGGUCAUUACACCUCUUUCUGGGAAAGAGUCAGGGAAAUACUCUUUGACAUGUAAAUCUACUAAUGAAACCAGUUUCUCAAAAAACAAAACUGUGAUUCUUGUUGUGAUGGAACGUCCCACAAAACCUCAACUGGUAUUGUACGAUUUCAAUGCUAAAGAUCGUUCCCCUUCCUUCAAGUGUAGCUCUGAGGGCUCCCCAAAACCAAAAAUUCAGUGGUUUGCGCCUGGACCUGAUACUAAAGAGGGAGAGGGCAUAUCAAGUGCAGAUUAUUAUAACAAGGGAGUUAUGUGUUGUGCCACCAAUGAUGAAGGACAAGAGUGCACCCAGCUGCAUGACUAUGAUGUACGAAGCCAUUCUAAGAAAAGUGAUGACAUAUCUUAUGUGACCGUGAGCCCGGGUGAGUCUUUACUGCUUCGCUGCAGAACACAGGAGUCAUCAUAUUCUAACUGGGAGAAAGACAACAAAGAACUGAACAUGAAAUGUGAAACAAAUCACGAGAUAUGCAUUAAACAUGAUAAACAUUAUGAGAGUCGGAUGUCCUACCUGUUCAUCAAAACAGUACACAAUGGCUCAUACACCUGCAGAACUCCCCAAAACAUAACUAAGACUGUUUAUAUUCAGGUUGUAGCUGAAAGUUCUCUCUCCGCUCAGCUUGAUGCCAGAAAGAUUUUGACAGCUGAGAAAGCAAACAGCAUCUGUUUGCAAGCAAAUGUUUCCUACCACCCUACACUCAAGCAGUGUUUCUGGGAGGCCCCCGAUAAAACGAUGACUAAAUGCAUCAGGGAGAACUGGGUAACGAAGCACAGGAAUGUGACGUUAUGCAGUCCACUCAUAUCAGGAGUUUAUAAACUACAUCUGGAGACAGAAGGAAAAAAGGAAGAAAAGAAAAUCAGUGUUUGUGUUGUAGGUAAACCCAUUUUCGCAUUCACUGGUGAUCAGAAUGGUAACCUCACCUGUAAAACUGCAAGUCUUUUGCCAGCAGACUAUAAAUGGGAGUUUUGCUCAACAUCAAACAAUAGCUGUAAGGAUGCACAUAGUCAGCCAGGAGCACCCUGGAAGGUGCUUCAGACAGGCCAUCAACCAGACUCUGAUGACUUUUGUUACAAGGAAAUCAUAAACUCGGUUUCCCAGGCUUUGGCGAAUGAAACGUAUUAUAGGUUUUGUGUGACAAACUUAGCUGGAUCCUGGUGCAGCUCUAGCUACUUUCCUCAACCAUUUGUGCCGCUGCCCUCCAAAAGCUAUGCACCUGUUGAAGACACCACGCCGCUGAAAAUCGGAGUUCUGUUUUUACUUCUGACCUUGUUAGUUGUCAUCGUGGCACUCAUGUACUUUGUCAAAAAGAAGAAACCGAAGUAUCAGCCUCAGCUGCAGAUGAUUCAGAUAGUUGGACCCAAUGACAACGAUUACAUCUACAUCAACUUCAAGGACUUUGACUACGACAAAAAAUGGGAGUUCCCCAGGGAAAACCUGGAACUGGGUAAAGAAUUAGGCUCCGGAGCUUUCGGCAUGGUGCUCCAGGCUACAGCCUAUGGCAUUGACAAGGCUGGAGUCUCUCAGCAGGUGGCUGUCAAGAUGCUGAAAGAAAAAAACCAUUCGGUGGAGAAGGAGGCACUCAUGUCCGAACUCAAGAUGCUGACUCACAUCGGUCACCAUGCCAACAUUGUGAACCUCCUUGGUGCAUGCACAGACUCAGGCCCCAUAUACCUGAUCUUCCAGUAUUGCUGUUAUGGAGACCUACUUAACUACCUGAAAACGAACAGCGACUGCUACAACAAGUCUGUGACCGAUGCUUUUAACAUGAACCGUUUCAGUAGCCUGUACAACAACCUGCAGCUGAAGAAAAACUCCAGUGAACUGGUCACAGCUGCGGAUCAUUACAUGCCCAUGCACACUUCCACCACCAGGGAGCAGGAGAACAUUGAGCUCCUCACUCUGAACUCCUGUGACAGGGACAACUGUGAGGACCCGGAAAUCUUUGACAGCUCAGACGAUCAGACCGAAGACCUGCAGGCCCUCACCUUUGAUGACCUGCUCAGCUUUGCCUUUCAAGUGGCCAAAGGCAUGGAGUUCCUCUCCUCGAAGAAUUGUAUCCACCGGGACCUGGCAGCUCGAAAUGUGUUAGUGACAAAGGGCAGGCUGGCGAAAAUUGGUGACUUUGGGUUGGCCCGCGACAUCGACAAUGACUCCAACUAUGUUGUGAGAGGAAACGUGCGUUUGCCAGUGAAGUGGAUGGCACCAGAGAGCAUCUUUCAGGGCAUGUACACCAUGCAGAGUGACAUCUGGGCUUAUGGCAUUCUGCUCUGGGAAAUCUUCUCUCUCGGUGUCACUCCAUACCCGGGCAUGAAGGUGGACCACACGUUCUAUUCAAUGAUUGAGAGGGGAUUUAAGAUGGAGUGUCCCUACUAUGCCAACGAGUCAGUGUAUCGGAUGAUGUGCAAGUGUUGGGCCUUGGAUCCUUGUAACCGCCCUUCUUUCUCCAAGUUGGUGUCCUUCAUGUGUGACCAGCUGAUGGACAGAGAGGAGAAGCUCUACCAUAACAUGCUGGAUCAGACUUCCAGCAUUUACCAGAAUGCAUCAACCCUUCUCGACAUUUCUGCUUCCACAAAACACCACAAAAGCAAGUCGGCCAAUGAUUACUGUCAGGCCUACAUGACUGAGGAAAGUAAAGCAGAAGUAUCAAACUCAGAGGUUGUGACAUUUGAAGAUGAGCUUCUGAAGCCGUCUGGUGCGGAGUGAUCCUCUAUCAUAUCUUAAUUCCAUCCACAAGAUAUAUAACAACUUACUUAAUGCUCUUCUUGUGAUAAUCAUAAAAUUAACAGUAGAAUGCACUGGCUUUAUAUUUUCAAAUAUCCUAAGCUUUUUUUUAAACUCAGGUACAACUGAAUAAUAUAAACUAUAUGUAGCACUUAUUUAACAUAACUAUUCAUAAUCCAAAAUGUUAUUAAAUGUCACUUUCCAUAAUCUGCAGAUGUAUUGAGGUGGGAGUUGCAAAUCUACGCGGCAUCCAUGUGAAUGCCCUGAUGCAGGUUUUCCUGGUAAAACAUUACAGUGUAACAAGAAAAGCAGUGUGAUUAAUUUGACUUGACAGUGGCAUUCAUCCCCAAUCUAUUUAUAUUCGGGGUUUGCAAAAGGAUUCUUGAAAAUGUCAAUACUAUAUUUUAAACAUGUAACUCAGGAGUAGUAGCUCUUUUAUCUACAAUGAUGUCAACAUAAUGUAGCAGCUGAUAAUAUUUUGUUUGCGGGUUUAUUAAUAUAUCACAUUAUAACCAGCACUGAAAUGCAGUUAAACACAAUUAUACCAGCAACGGUUACAAUCAUAUUCAGCUAAUUUCAUGGGAUUUUUUUUUCUUUUACAUAUAUCAGUUUUGAAUAUCUUAAUGGAAUUUUUAUACUGUAUUUUUUAUUAUAACUCGUAUACUUGUUGUAAAAUUAACUUCAGUCAAUAAUGGAAAAAGUGGUGAUCACAGAGUUCAGUAUCAUCUUUGUCAUGUAUGUUUCAGAAAUAUUUUAAUUGGUUACUACAGCAUUAUGAAAAAUAACUAACACUCCAUAUAUUUUAAAUAAAGAUUAGAAAACUA